GUAUAAAAUGUGCAUUAUUUUAUGGCUAUAUCAGAGCAAAUUACUCUCUAGCACAAAGUGCUGGCCUUAGUUUGAUGUGGUACAAAAGCUCUGGACCUGGAGAUUUUGAGGAACCUAUAGCUUUUGAUGGAACUAGAAUGAGUAAAGAAGAGGAUUCUAUUUGGUUUCGGCCAACAGUGGUGCAAGACAGCGGUCUUUACGCAUGUGUUAUAAGAAACUCUACUUACUGUAUGAAAGUAUCCAUCUCGCUGACAGUGGGUGAAAAUGACACUGGACUCUGCUACAAUUCAAAGAUGAAGUACUUUGAAAAAGCUGAACUUAGCAAAAGCAAGGAAAUUUCAUGCCCUGACAUAGAGGAUUUUUUAAUUCCCUAUAGAGAGCCUGAAAUCCUGUGGUAUAAGGAAUGCAAGGCAAAAACAUGGAGACCGAGUAUUGUGUUUAAAAAGGACACACUCAUCAUCCGGGAGGUUAGAGAAGAUGACAUUGGAAAUUACACUUGUGAGUUAAAAUAUGGAAUCUUUAUUGUCAGAAGAACUACAGAAUUAACAGUUACAGCACCACUAACAGAUAAACCACCAAAGCUUUUGCACCCUUUGGAAAGUAAGCUGAUGAUUCAGGAGACCCAGCUAGGCAAUUCUGCUAACCUAACCUGCCGAGCUUUCUUUGGAUACAGUGGAGAUGUCAGUCCUUUAAUUUACUGGAUGAAAGGAGAGAAGUUUAUUGAAGAUUUGGAUGAAAAUCGGGUCUGGGAAAGUGAUAUUAGAGUUAUUAAGGAACAUCUUGGAGAACAGGAAGUUUCCAUCUCAUUAAUUCUUGACUCGGUGGAAGAAGGGGACCUAGGAAAUUACUCAUGUUAUGUUGAAAAUGGAAAUGGACGCAGACAUGCCAGCAUUCUUCUACAUAAGAGGGACAACAAAGAUUAUGAUGCAUAUCUAUCCUAUACCAAAGUGGAUCCAGACCAGUGGAAUCAAGAAACUGGGGAAGAAGAACGAUUUGCUCUUGAGAUCCUACCAGAUAUGCUUGAAAAGCAUUAUGGGUACAAAUUGUUCAUACCAGACAGAGAUUUGAUUCCCACUGGAACCUACAUUGAAGAUGUGGCAAGAUGUGUAGACCAAAGCAAGCGACUGAUCAUCGUCAUGACUCCAAAUUAUGUGGUAAGGAGAGGCUGGAGUAUCUUCGAACUGGAAACCAGGCUUCGGAACAUGCUAGUCACUGGAGAAAUUAAAGUGAUACUGAUUGAAUGCAGUGAACUCCGGGGAAUUAUGAACUACCAGGAGGUCGAGGCCCUGAAACAUACCAUCAAGCUUCUAACUGUCAUUAAAUGGCAUGGACCAAAAUGCAACAAGUUGAAUUCUAAAUUCUGGAAACGUUUACAGUAUGAAAUGCCUUUUAAGAGGAUAGAACCCAUCACACAUGAGCAGGUUUUAGAUGUCAGUGAGCAGGGGCCCUUUGGGGAACUGCAGACGGUCUCAGCAAUUUCAAUGGCUGCUGCCACCUCCACUGCUCUUGCCACUGCCCAUCCAGAUCUGCGCUCCACCUUUCAUAAUACGUAUCAUUCACAGAUGCGCCAGAAACACUAUUAUAGAAGCUAUGAAUACGAUGUACCUCCUACUGGCACCCUGCCUCUUACCUCAAUAGGUAACCAGCAUACCUACUGCAACAUCCCUAUGACACUUAUCAAUGGGCAGAGGCCGCAGACAAAAACUAACAGAGAGCAGAAUCCAGAUGAGGCUCACACAAACAGUGCAAUACUGCCCCUCUUGCCACGGGAGACCAGUAUAUCAAGUGUCAUUUGGUGACAGAAAUGCAAAGGGGGACCCCAGCCCCCUGGAGUAGGAGCUAAGUGUGCAGUCUGGUGCCUGGAACUACAUCCUCGACUGCUGCUGUUAAACAUGCAUUACAAUCUAUAAAAUAUGAGGAAAAACAGGGUCUUGUACAUAUGUUUUUUGCAGUUUCUUUGUUGCAUCAGUCUUCCUGUUUUACCCAUGUCUCUUGCCAUUCGCAUUUUUGACUUUGUUUUAUACGUCAUUGGAAUUUGUAUAUUACAGUUUUUUUAAAUGAAGAGACUGCUGUAUAGAUAGGAAAUCUUUUUUGCUCCAUUAGUAUAGUUUUAGAAUUUUUUUAAACAUUUCUUGGGAAUGCUUGGAUGAAGCUAUGUUAAUAUCAGAAGCACCAUCCAUUUUGUUGGCCUGCCUAGCCUGAUACAUGAAGGCCAUGCCUGCUGCAUUUCACCAUUGUGAAGAACUUUUGUUCUUAGGAGGACCCCGCCAAUCAUUCUGAGCUCCAAUUUCAUUACUUAUCCCAUGACAACAUUUUUUCCUCCUGCCUCCCCUUAUGAUGGUCCCAUGCUGGGUAACACUACAGACAGUCUGAUCAUCUAACAUUUAACCCAGUAAAUGCUUGUCAGACAACAAGAUAUACCCAAUAUGUAUCAAUUGCCUCACAGUAACCACUACAGAGUGUGUAGAAAGUAGAGUUUGUUUUUGUUUUAUGAUGAGUUGAUUUGUAUCCCUUUUAUUUAUAUAAAGCAACAACCCUAAUUCGAUCACAUCUGGAACAGUGUGAAUGUGUGAAUGCUUGUUUUUGUUAAGCCUUUGACUUUUUCUUCCCCUCCCCAUUUUAAAUUCUGCAAAUGAGGUUAUUUGCAAUUGUCAAACAAGUAAGGUAAUAGGUAAGGUAAUCGGUGUUGAAGUGCAGUAAAUCCUGCUGAGAUUUACAAGGAUGGCUUCCAAACCAAAGGGGAGUAGAAGGACAAAUAUCAACUAUGGUUUGUCUCAUUGUAUUAUAGAAAAUGGAUUUUUCUAAAAAGUAAGAGCAAAACAUUUCUUUCCAGCUUAGUAUGGAUUCCCCUUGUAUUUGAAUGUUCCAAUCACUGUAAUUACUUUUUCAGUGAUAUAGUCACAAUUGAGCAUUUUUAUAUUUUGUUUCAGCUUGUUACAAUAAGUAAAACCUUAUUGAUUUCAAGGUGAUUUAAAUGAGAACUCAGGUAGCAAAAAAAGAAAUUAUGAAUACCAACGAACAUCAGUGUUGUAAGAAUAAACAUUUAUUUAUACAAUAUUAAUAUUUAAAUUGGACAUGGAAGCAUUAAAAACCAUUAAGUUUAUUGAAUAAAUAAACAAACUAGUUUGGUUUUCAAUGCAUGAUUCCAUCUUUGAGGAUUGCAGAUUACAUGUGUAACAUUGCUCCCAGAUUAAAAAAAAAAAAAAUCCCUGUUCUGAUAUCUCUAGAACUAAUGGAAUAAGAAUCUUGCCCAUAUUUACAUUCAAAUGAUGCAAAAGUCACUUUCUAUUUUAGAAAAUUUAAAGAGUGGAGUUAGAUUUUUUUUCUUUUAAAAGGCCAUAUUCUCUCCUGGUGUAAAUGGAACUAGUGGAGGUGCCCCAAUGACCAUCAGCAGAGGAUUGGCCCUCUUUUUUUUUUUUCAUAUAUAUAACAAUAUAACAUGAACACUAGGAAGCAGCUUUUAAAUUAUUUCAACAGCUCAUUACCUGUUAGGGAUUUUCCUAACAGCUGACUGGUUUUGGCCAAUAUAAUGGAUGUUGUGUGAUUUGUUCAUUCUUAUUAUCACUAUAUUCAAAAAAAUACAAGUUUUAAUAUUUUGGUCUCAUUAGUAAGAUGUGAUUGGUCAAAAAUGUGUAACCUGCAGUUUGUGGGCGUGUGUGGGGGUAAGUCAAUAUUGACAAUGUCUGAGGAAUGACUAUUAUAUUGUAACAAUCAAGAAUUCUCAGUAUCUGCAUAACCAGUUAAAGGAGCUUUGGGAUGUGCACUGACUUUUAUUUGCUGAAAAAUGUUUUUUUCUCUCUGAGAAUUCGCUUGGGUCCUUUUCUACAAUCUGUUCUUUAUUUCAGUUGUGUCCCCCUGGACAUGUGCCAAAUAUCCACAAAAUGGAAAUGAAGCUGCCAGGGCAGAUAGAAUUUCAAGACAGCUUUACAGAUUUGAUUAUUUUCAGAUUGUAAGACAGUUGUUAUUUAUUUUAUAUCAUAGAUGCCUGCCAGGAACUGAUGGCAUUUAACUUCAUUUAACUGGAUUCUAAAUUCCUCCAAUACCCAGAAGAAUUAAAAUAUUGUAAAAUCUUUCCCUCGUCCCUCCCCGUUAUAUUUUUUAAGAUGAAGAUUGGGAUGUGGAAUAAAUAUAGAAUGUAACGACCUGGCGACAGUCACAUUCUAGGCAUUGGUAGGUGUUUCUUUAGCCACAUUGGGGAUACUUUUUUGUUGUUCUAUUUUUAGUGUAGAUUUAAGCACUUUGAAUAGCAUGAUUCAGGGAUUGAUGGAUACUAUUUGAUAUUCACACUAUUUAAGAAAAGUUUUCUUACUAUGCUUUGUCAUAUUAUUAAACAAAAACAAAACAAAUGAAAAAAGAAAUACAUGGAGAAACUAUCUAUGGCUUUAGAAACAUUCCUCCCAGGUAUUCCUCUUCUAUAAACAGCUCUGUGUGAGAAACAGUGAAGGAAACUGUCAUGUGUUCACGUGCUCUAUGUUUGACAAAAGUUCUGUUAGACGCAAAAUAAAAAGGAA